AUGGCGGGCAGAUUCGGCGGUAUGAUGCCCAACGCGCCCAUUAUCCUGUUGCGCGAGGACACCGACAUCUCACAAGGCACAUCGCAGCUGUUGCACAAUAUUGGCGCCUGCACCUCCAUCGUAUCAUGCGUCGCCUCGACAUUGGGCCCUCGCGGCAUGGACAAGCUCAUCGUCAACGAGCGUGGACAAGCCACCAUUUCCAAUGACGGUGCUACGAUCCUGAAGCUUCUCGACAUUGUACACCCGGCAGCAAAGACGCUCGUUGACAUUGCUCGUGCGCAGGAUGCCGAGGUGGGAGACGGCACCACGUCCGUUGUGCUGCUUGCCGGCGAGAUGCUCAAGGAAGCCAAGCCUUUCAUCGAGGAAGGUGUUGCACCACAUAUCAUCAUCAAGGGCUACAGGAAGGCGGUGCAGCUCGCGGUGGAAAAGAUCAAGGACAUGGCCGUCACCAUCGAUAAGUCGGACAAGCAGGCGUUCCACGACCUGCUGCUCAAGUGUGCCGGCACCAGCAUGUCGUCCAAAUUGAUCGUCUCGCAGCGUCCCUUUUUCAGCAAGAUGGUUGUCGACGCCGUGCUGUCGCUCGACCAAGACGAUUUGGACCAGAGCUUGAUCGGUAUGAAGAAGGUUCCUGGUGGAGGUAUGCAGGACUCGUUGCUCGUACACGGCGUCGCGUUCAAAAAGACGUUUGCCUACGCCGGAUUCGAGCAACAGCCUAAGAGCUUCACCAACCCUAAGGUGCUCUGUCUCAACGUCGAACUCGAGCUCAAGGCGGAGAAAGACAAUGCCGAGGUGCGCAUUAACGAGGUCUCCGAAUACCAGGCCGUGGUCGACGCCGAGUGGCAGAUCAUCUUCAACAAGCUCGAAGCCAUCGUCAGGACGGGUGCCAAGGUUGUUCUUUCCAAGCUUCCCAUCGGAGAUCUGGCGACACAGUACUUUGCCGACCGCGACAUCUUCUGUGCGGGUCGUGUGCCCGCGGACGACAUGAAGCGCGUGGUGCAGGCUGUGGGUGGUUCGGUGCAAAGCACUUGCUCGGACAUCAACCCGGACAAGCACCUUGGCACGUGCGGCAAGUUCGAAGAGCGCCAGAUCGGUGGCGAGCGAUUCAAUAUCUUCGAGGAGUGCCCGCAGGCCAAGACGUGCACGCUGAUCCUACGUGGAGGUGCCGAACAGUUUAUCGCCGAGGUCGAGCGCAGUCUGCAUGACGCUAUCAUGAUCGUGCGCCGCGCUAUCAAGAACUCGCACGUCGUGGCGGGUGGAGGAGCGACCGAGAUGGAGCUCUCCAAGUUCCUGCGCGACCACUCGCGUACGAUUCAGGGCAAGCAGCAGCUGAUCAUCGGUGCCUUUGCCAAGUCGCUCGAAUGCAUUCCGCGCCAGUUGGCCGACAAUGCCGGUUUCGAUGCGACCGAUCUGCUCAACCGCCUGCGCAUGAAGCACGCCCAGGGCGCCCAGUGGGAGGGCAUUGACAUCGAUGCCGAGGACACGGCGGAUCUGAUGGAGAAGUUCGUUUGGGAGCCGAGCCUGGUUAGGAUCAAUGCGCUGCAGUCGGCGGCCGAGGCGGCUUGUCUGAUCCUGAGCGUCGACGAGACGAUCAGGAACCAGGCGAGCGAGAAGGCUCAGCCCGGCCCGAAGGCUCCGCCAGGAACCAUGCAGAAGGCUUUGCGCGGUCGUGUGCCUCGUCGUUGA